AUGAGUGCUAGCUAUACAUCGGUUCAGUGUUCAGUACCGGAGGACCCCCUCAAUGGCCGAGCCCUGUACACGUCGGUGAGCUACGACUCGGUGGUGAGGUAUGAGUGCAAAUACGGCUUCAAACUGCACGGCCCGGUCAACAGGACGUGCGCCAGUAAUAAACACUGGAGUGAUGAACAGCCCAAAUGUCAGGAAAUAGAUUGCGGUUCACCGGGUAUUAUACACAACGGGUAUCUGGAAGUGAGGCGAACCAUAUUGGGCUCAACCGUCUAUUUCAAGUGUUUCGAUGGCAUGACCUUUCAAGGGGACAGUAAUUCAACCACUUGUUUGGACACUGGCAACUGGUCCAACCCUUUACCCAAUUGUUAUGCUCCCUGUCUGGUGCCGGAAGUGGACAACGGAAGAGUCAAUCUGUUUCCGGUCAAUCAGAUGGUAUCUCACGGACAGGUAAUCAAAGUUGACUGCAAACCACAGUACGAACUCCACUACAACACCACUGAAGCCAUUUGUAAUAACAGCUCCUGGACUCAUGUGCCUCAAUGUGUUCCCGCCAGGUGCAAAAUAAUGCCUGAGAAGCCUAAAAAUGGUUUAGUGAUCGCACCGAAAACAGAUCACGGGAUGAAAGCCUUAUACCGUUGUAGAGAUGGAUUUACUUUGGAAGGGCCUAACCUUACAGAAUGCAAUUUUGGAAAAUGGACCGGGAUCACUCCCAAAUGUGUCGAAGUCUACUGUCCAUUUCCUGGGUUUGUGGAGAACGGAAAGGUAUUACUUGUGGGUCAUAUGGGAAUGUAUGACUACAGGCCUUACGUCAAGAAAGUGACAAACAAUAAACAAAUACUGUUUGAAUGCGAGCGCGGCUACCACUUAAUUAACGGACCUCCCGGUGCCACGUGUGUGGACGGCCAGUGGUCUCCUCAAGACUUACCGCAAUGUAUCCGCGGAUCGCAUCCGAAGAUGCGUUGGUUGCGGACCUCUGACAACAAACGGCGCCGCAGAUGGAUAUUACGGGAAAUGAAUUAUGGAUCCAAUGCUCACCGGAGGAGAUCCAGACCUCGAAGGCAUCAGAAGUUUAAAGCUUCGUGUAAACCACUGAAAGAAAAUCAAUGGAUGAAGAUAUCGGUGGUUAAGUUUGGAGUGGGAAAUGAGUCGUUCCCACAUGGCACACGAGUCAGGAACUACUGCUCCAACGGCUACCUGUCCAACAUCGGUAACCUAACGGCUAAGUGCGCCAAAGGUGUUUGGAAACCUCGUGAACCAGACUGUCAUAUCGCCCCGUGUCUGACGCCAUACGCAGUCAAUGGCUAUUACUAUCACCGAAAUACUCAGCUAACAAUCGCCCAUAAGAUAUCUCACGGGGACGCCAUUCGCUUGGGCUGUAUGUCUGGCCACCAACUACAGGGCGCGCCGACUAUGCGGUGCUGGUAUGGCGAGUGGACGGGCCCACAGCCCCAGUGCAUAGCAGCGCCCUGUUCUCUGCCCAGCAUAAGGAACGGCUACUAUUCCGGUGGCUAUCGCGCGGGUCUCACCAUAUCUCACGGCUCUGUACUCGAGUUUCACUGCAAACCCAAUUACGUGAAGGGAGUACAGGAGCCGCCCCGUUGUUUCGAGGGCCGACUCAUGCCCGAACCGCCCCAUUGUAUUGAACACGACUUAGUCAUGAAUGUUCACAACACUAAGGCCAUCAAUGCUGACGAGUCGGUAAUAGAUGUGCCAAAAGCACAGUCCGUCGACCCGACCAUUGUCUACAACACGAGUACGUCGACUGAGAUGCUGUGGUGCGAACCGCCCGACAAAUUGCAAAACGUUUUGAAAUACGAGUCGAGUUUUAAUAGAAAUCAUUUGCCGCUCAUAAGUAUCGCACAAAUCAACUCAAAUGAACACAACCUUACAUCAGACCCAUUGACCACAAGUACAGGCGCUUCCACUACCACCACCACAACCACCACUACUACACUCACUUCCACCGCAUUGUAUAAUAAACUCAUCGAAAUGACCACAACUUAUUUGAGUGACAUUUUAAACAUAACUGAUUUAUACGAGUCGUUGAACGAGACAUUGAGUGCCAAUACGAGCGCCGACACCACGGAGUCGGCCACACAGUCACAGGAGAAGUCAUAUCAUCCGCACGGCACGGAAAUUGUGUUCAAAUGUUUGCCCGCAAUGAAUGGCGCGAGGAAUACCUGGACCAUCACUUGCGAGGAUGGGGGUUGGAUAGGGAGGGCAUCCAAAUGCGAAGAGGAUUUAGAGGCUCUCAGACUCCGUGAGAAUAAUAGCUGUGUUUACAUGAACUCAGACCCCAAUGUCUGGGCAUUUAUUGGCGACAACCGGAUCAAUGAGUACGAAGAGCUUCCCGCCGGAACUCAACUGAUUAUUCGGUGCAAAGAUAUCGGCAAAUAUAACCUCAUUGGCAGUAAAACCCGUAAAUGUGUUUAUGGGGAAUGGGAUGGAGAAAGACCCCAAUGUUUUGGUCUCUCACAGGAGAAUGAUUACGCGCUGGAAAAGCCGCCCACCAUACUAUUUCGACACCAAUUGGGACCAAUAGCUCAGAGUGUGGAUGGAAAGUUGAUUGUUUACCCUGGUACUAUUUUACAUUUAGAGUGCUUAUGGAAACGCAAAUUUGGUGCACCUGUCUGGGAAUGGAGUCAUUCAUUUAGGAAAUAUAAUCAAGAUUGGACCACAGAAUCGGGUCGUGAUUCGGGUCUGGAGUUCCGUUUGAGUAUAUUUCACACACAGAAAGAGGACUCAGGACUAUAUACCUGUCGGACCCCUAACUUCCACAGACAUUCCGUUGAGAUAAUAGUUAAACCGGUUCACUGUCAACAGCUCGUAGAGAAUGAAGGCCUCAAAAUAAUAAGCCCUUCCUCUAAGAUGAACGCAAAGGCAUUGUUCACGUGUCGGCCCGGUAUGAGACUUAAUGGCAGUGAUAGUGCCGAAUGUCUUCCAUCUGGUAAUUGGUCUUCAGAUGUGCCAAACUGUUUGAUAACGGAAUGUCCGGAUCUGAUGAAUACAACUGAAUCCGUAGUCAUUGAUAACGAGACGGACUCGAAGUCUGUGUUAAAAAUCUCAAUGAAUGGUAGAUAUGUUGGUGAUGUGACCACGUUUUCCUGUCCUAUCGGAUACGGUCUUAAAGGGAAGUCUGAGAUCACUUGUCUGGAGUCAGGCCACUGGUCGGCAGCAGUUCCUAUGUGUGAAGAAGUAUUUUGCGAAACACCUGCCAUACCAAAGCACGGAUACCUCCAGGGUGACAAAAUACAGCGAUUCCGGGGCGGGGAUAUCGUACAGUUUACAUGCGAUACGGGAUAUAUGCUAGAAGGCAACCCUAUUGUCAUUUGCCAGGAGAAUAGCCGUUGGUCUGGACCACCACCUAAUUGUGUGCCUGCGUGUACAUACCCGGGUACAACGCACGGGGGCAUCAUAUCGAUAGUGAAAUUUUUCUAUAGCGUCAACGAAACCGUACGGUUUGACUGCGCGGACGGCUAUGACAUGAAAGGCAAUAGCGUUUUGAAGUGUAUGGAAAGCGGCCGAUGGAGUAGUGCUGUCCCCGAGUGUAAUCUCUCGCGAAGGGGUUGACCUUAAUAUUGAAUUUCUAAACAAUUGUUUUUCUAAAAUAAAUUGAAUUGAAUUUCUAAAUGAAAUAUUUAAUGAGCGGC